AACCAAGCCAUCGUUAUCUAAAAGCUCAGUCAGUUGUGUGAGUCGGAUGGAACGCGUCAAUUGAUCAUUGAACAGAGACGUUUCUGUCUUUUUUUGUAUGGAUUUUUCUAUUUCGUUCUUGUCAUACUGUAACUGAAUUGAAACGCGCACAGGUUGAACAGUUAGUGCAUAAAGUGACUUUUGCGAUAUCGCUUUAAAGCGAAUACCCUUUUCUGGGAACCUUUGAAGACCUGGAUAACAUGGACGGAUUCUACGACCAGCAAGUCCCAUUUAUGGUCCUACCCAAUCAAAAAUCUCAUGUGGAGGAACCAUACAGCAGACCAAUCAUAGACAGCAGGAAAAGGAAGUUUGUAGACACAGUACUCGCCCAGGACACGGAAGACCUCUUCCAAGACCUCAGUCAGUUGCAGGAGAUCUGGAUUGCAGAAGCCCAGGUGCCUGAUGAUGAACAGUUUGUCCCGGAUUUUCAGUCGGAUAGCUUAAUGUUUCAUGGCCCCCCACCAUCCAAGAUUAAACGGGAACUGAGUCCUUCUGAAGAGAUUUGUCCUUGUAACCAGGAAAGGAGUCCCAUGCCGUAUGGAGAGAAGUGCCUUUACAGCGACAGUGCCUAUGAGAGGAGACCCAGUGGGGCCUAUAAGCCAUUGACCCCUCCCUCUACACCCGUGUCACCAUGCAGCUCUACCAACACCCCAAGGACACACCCAGUCAGCCAGCAGACUCCUUCCCCUCAUCAAAUACCCUAUCGGAACCAAGCGCAAGGGCCACACCCCCUGCAGCCUGACAACCAAGCAGUUGGCCCAGCCCACAACCAGCAGAGGCCACUCCCCCUCCAGAGCCCACCCUAUGCAGUGCCCUGCCCCCCCUCACUCCUCAGUCAGGAGGGUAACUACAGCCCUGAGCACAGGUUCCAGAGGCAAAUGUCGGAGCCAUGUCUACCCUUCCCUCCCUCUGAGAGCCGGACUCACCCUCAGUUCCUAGCCCAACCGCAGGCCCCCAGCCACAGUGCCCUACCCAGGGACGGGAGGCCCCCCUACCACCGCCAGAUGUCUGAGCCCCUGGUCCCUGGUCCCGUGCCUCAACACGGCUUCAAGCAGGAGCUGCUGGACCCUCGCUACACAGAGCAGGGUGUCCCCUCCAUGGGUCCCCCUCAGGCUGCCUUCCACCCCAUGGCCAUCAAGCAGGAGCCCCAGGACUUCUGCUUCGACUCUGAAGUGCCUAUCUGUCAGUCUACAUUUGGAAGAGCCGGGACCUUCUACCAAAACAACCAUGAAAGUUUCUCCUUUGACAGAGAGCCUCACCUGUACUAUGAUGAUACCUGCGUGGUUCCUGACAGACUUGAAGAUGGCCAGGCUGCUCCAGAGUACAGUGCUCACUCCCCCCUCCCCCCAACCACAGGGAAGGUCAAGCAGGAGCCCUCAGUGUACCGUGAUGGCCCACCCUACCAGCGGCGUGGCUCUCUGCAGCUCUGGCAGUUUCUGGUCACCCUAUUGGAUGACCCGGCCAACGGUCACUUCAUUGCCUGGACAGGCCGGGGCAUGGAGUUCAAACUCAUUGAGCCAGAAGAGGUGGCUCGCCGCUGGGGCAUCCAGAAGAACAGGCCAGCCAUGAACUAUGACAAGCUGAGUCGUUCUCUGCGCUACUACUACGAGAAGGGAAUCAUGCAGAAGGUAAAGGUUGCUGGCGAGAGGUACGUGUACAAGUUUGUGUGCGACCCUGAGGCCCUGUUCUCCAUGGCCUUCCCUGACAACCAGAGGCCCAACCUGAAGGCCGACCCAGACAGCCUGCCCUGCGUUGGGGUGGAUGAUGACACCCUGCCCCUCACCCACUACAAGAACACACCUUACUUGGUGGACUCUGGGGAGCAGUGUGUAGUUCUACCCUACGGGUACUGACUGUCCCCCCCACUGCUCCUAAACCCAACCCAGAGAUCAAGCUCCGACUGCUGAGGCUGAGCAAGAAACUGGAUCAAACCUGAACCCGAAACCUCCCUCUCUCCGCUAAGUUACUCCUCCAAUCCUGCCCACUUACGGAUUAACAUAACCCUCCCCAUAAAACGACUGAGGAGAAACCUGCACCAACCACGUUCCUUGGCAUCAUCUAUAGUACCAAGAGAGACCGUGGAAGUAAGGGUGUUAUGGACUUCAGUGGCUCCGCCAACUCUCAACUCAAGGUGAACUGGUGUCAUUGCUAUGGAGACGAAGAGGAAGUAAUGGACCAGGGGCCGUGUUAUUAUGGCAGCAUGCCGGAGGACAGACCGCUAGAUCUCUGUGUAGACUGCAAGAAUUGUAACAGUUCUGAUUUUGGACAAUCUGCUUUUUCUAAAAUAAUUAUAUUAAAAGUUAAUUCUGACAAAAGUAUCUAUAAAUAAAGCACUAUUCUGUAGUUGCCUUUUUGGUCCCCAAUAAAUAUGUAUUUUUCUGCCACAUAGUAACAAUAAGAUCUGUGUAAGCAAGGGCUUUAAGUUGCAAAAAAACAAAUAGUAAUAUUUGAAUAUUUAUAAAGAAACCUACAUACCUGUUGGUUUCUGUAGACUUGGUAUAGAAAAUAAUGCUGUCUAGUCUACGAUUGGUUAAGGAUUUAGAUCUGUAGUACUCCAGCCCAAUAGGAUAUUCUAUGGUUUCCAUGGAUGGAUUCCUCAGACCAGUGACCUUUGUUUUUAAUGCUGCCCCAGCUGUGUAUUUAUCCAGUGUAAUGAAUGUUUGUGCUGGGUUAGCUGAGGUUACCAGUGAGUAGCCAGACUAGCUCGGAGUACUGUUGCUCGGAGUACUGUUGCUGCGUCUGGAAUGACCCUAUGCACUCCUUUACAAAACCCAUGUGGCUCUGGUCAAAAGUAGUGCACUGAAUAGGGUGUCAUUUAGGAUGCAGACUCUGUCUUGUUGUCCAUUCUCAUUUCUACUGACACUCCACAACAUUGAUUUUUUUUUUUCAUAAACUACUUAUAUUUCCUAAAGGUUGUAACUAAUCAGCAUUCCACCUCAAACAAUAAAUCCCCUGCAGGAAUCUUUCAUUUUCCAAAAAGGGACAACUCUGUCUAUUUUUCCCAGAGAUUUAGAAUUUUUACAAACCUAAGGUUAUAGCUCUUUUUUUUUUUUCUCAUUUUAUUGGGUGCUUGAUGUUUCCGCAGCAGUGAGUGUACUAGAUUCUUAAAUGCACCAGGAUGGCAUCUUUCAGGACAUUGCAUGCGAAGGUGUGGAAUUAUACACCUUUCCCUGGAGUCCUCUUUCUACCAAUUGCAGGUUGUCAACAAGAGACCUCUGCUUCUCUUUGCAUGACAGUGUAUUCAAACAAACUGUCCACUAACAUAUGGCUUUACUCUGGACAAAGAAGACAAAUUGUGAAAGUUCUCUGCAUUUUGUUUGUUUCUUAAAUGGGGGGAAAAAGACAAACUUAUAUAAAUAUAUAUUUUUGCUAAGGCUGCAUCUGAUUUUAUUGUAUAAGCCUGUAUAGUUCUGCCUAUAACUCAUGUAUCCCUGUGACGUGAUUAGCAGAUCGUUUUCUUUUUAGAGGCCGUUAUUGGUGAGUGAAAUGGUAGGAUGAAGAGCGAGAAAAUAGUAUUAGUUAUAAAGAAGUAGUGUGACUUGGGUUCCAUUCAGUGUGGUGCAUUGGUCUAAGGCACUGCAUCUCAGUGCAAGGGGUGUCACUACAGUCCCUGGUUCGAAUCCAGGUAGUAUCACAUCUGGCCGUGAUUGGGAGUCCCAUAGGGCGGUGCACAAUUGGCCCAGCGUUGGCCGGGGUAGGCCAUCAUUGUAAAUAAGAAUUUGUUCUUCACUGACUUGCCUAGUUAUUUAAAGGGGGGGGGGGAUCCCAAAUGGCACCCUAUUUCCUAUAUAGUGAACUACCUUUUGAAAAGAGCCCUGGUCAAAAGUAGUGCACUAUAUAUAAAAUAGGGUGCCAAUACAGACAGUUAAGAGAUGUAAGUAUCCACCUCUAGUCUCUACCCUGACCUGACCAAGGGUUGUCUGAACUUGUGUAGGCUUCACCUUCUCUCCCUCUUCACAAUGUGUACCUUUACACUGCAAAGUUUAUAAUGAUCUGUACUGGGUACAAUAAACUCUUCUUUCUGCUUCA